AUGUUAGUCAAACACAAAUUUUUAUAGAAAUUCAAUAAUUUUCAUAAAAAACAUAAUGUAGUGCACUAAUCAUACUAAUAAUCCAAUCGUUUCGAUAUGUGUUGCUCCAAAAAACCAAUACUUAAGGAAACUUUGCGCUGUAUGGCAAUAUGGACAUGGAGUGGAUAUUAAUUAGAUCGUUCCAAUCUAAAUAUUUUAAUAAAUGGUUCUUCAAAAAAUUGCAAGAUUCUAAGCUUGACUAGUCAUAUGAAUUAACCAAACAGAAAAUGCCUUUUAAAACUGUGUUAUCAGGAUGAUGAAGAAAAUUUGGUAAGAUUUAUCUGA